CUUAUCAUAUUUCUAAAGGCCUAUUCUCGGGUUUUCAUAGCUUACUUACUUUCAAGUUGAACGCGGCUAUUAUAAUUUGUCUGCUUCAGUUUCUUCGUCUUCAAAUUGGCGAACAGUAGUGUACGUGCUGUAUAUAUAAAAUGGCAGUUCAUAUGCUGACCUUGCUUGCUCUCCUUCCGUGUUUAUUCGACUGCCUAACAGCUCGUCAUUCCUCGAUUAUUGUUAAGCGAAAAGCUCCACAAGGAAAGCUUUACGUUUUCUCGCAACGGGAAGGCUGCGUCUCGGUACAGAGUGAUGCGACCUGCCCGAUUACGUGGAAGCUGGAUCCUUAUUCGGCAAAACUAUACGAAAAGCAAAAUGAAGCUGUGAGCAAGACGGUGAAGAUUUACGAAGAACUUGGUGCGAGUGCGGACUGUCAAGAAAAUAUCCGAACUGUUACAUGCUCGCAAUAUGUCGCACGAUGUCUUGUAAAUGGAAGUCGAGAUUAUGGGAACGUGAGAGAAAAAUGCGAGAAACUUUAUACAACAUGUCCGACACCAGUUGUUGUAAGUUUAAAAAAAAAUAGGUUUUGCGAAAUCGUGAAGACGGGAUUGCAUUCGAGCACAAACUGCGUUGCAAUGUCAAGACGUAUCAAAGGGAUUUGUCCUCAGCCGAAAUACAAGGUUUGUCUAACCCCAAAGUUUCAAUAUAUAGAUCAAUAUAUUUGCAUAAAAGAAAUUUAAAAUUAUGAUACGCCAAAGAUAAAAUAAUGUUUGAAUCAGUUUAUUUAUUGCUGAAGUACAUUUUCAGUUAUAACUGUAGUACAUUUGUGUAAGAAGAAGAACGAAGAAACGUUUAUUUUUACCAUUAUAUGAUCAUGAUUUUAACUGGUAGUAUAAACCAGAAUUAGAUAGAUUUGUCAUAGUUGCAGAAAAUUUUCAACCAUGCAUCGUCCGGGUGAAAUUCAGGCUUUCAAACCUUCCUCAAAAUAACGUGAAUUAUGGCUUUUUCAAAUUGCAAAAUAUCAGUACACAAUCAUUAUGUCAUUCAAAAUUGGCUUCUUACUCCUACAUGUAUUUCCUACCGACUAGUAUUUAGCAUUGAUCAUACGGACAAAAACACUAAUAUAAGGCUGGCGACUGUUAGCAGAUGCAAAAACGAUUGUUGUGGAAACGUGUCGCCGGUCCAAAACUCGAUCAGGAAGCUAAAAUUGAUUAAAAUUACAUAAGGUCUGAGUGCUGUAUUCAUAAUAAUUGCCUCACUAUAAAAGAGAAAUACGUGCAUGGCAAGUGCCUAAGCAUGAGACAUCUUGAUUUAAGUUUUUUCUUCUGACAAUUGAAAAGUUGUAUCAGAUUGAGUUGUUGUGUAGGCUAUUCAAAUGGGUCAGUAUACAUCGAUUAAAGCGAGUAGACUUUGGUGACUGCGGAAGUUAAGGCUACAGAUUGAAUUACUAAUUGUGGCUUCUACACGAUUGUGAAAUGUCUAAUUCCAUGCAUCUUAUUACUCAGCAAUUAUAGUGCUUUAAUUAUUACAUUCGCCAAGAGGUCGAGUUUUCCCCCACGUAUGUUUAUGUGUUUAUUUGUCAGUUUGUCUUGUCAUAACUUAAUUAAAAACGUAUUAAUACGAAAACCUCUAAGACCCCGUUUACAUAGUUUACACGGUAUAGCAGACGAAGUUGGAACCGGGACGAAAUUCGUCCUUUUUCGCGGAACCGGACGAAUUUGAGACACCCUAACCGGACGAAUUCGCCUGUACUAACAGCUAGGCAAAAAAGGACGAAUUUCAGCCCGAUCCCAAAUUCGUCCGGUACCGUGUAAACGCGGAGUCUAAAUCUACCGCGCGCGUAAUACAAAACAAUAUAGGCCUAUAUAUACAAAAUUUGCAAACUUUACAGGAUUAUACUUUCUUCAUUUUACAACAUUUAGCAACCAAUCUUUGCAGUUUUACUCAUUCUAAGACGCUCUUUCUAGCUGUGGUGUUGGAAUUCGUUCUUCUUGCCUUUGUAAAAAAUUAGUCUAUAACAGGAAUCACCCAUUAAGGGCGCACUUUUACAAGUUGGAGUUUAAUUGUACAUAUUGUUAACUGCACCACUUUUUGUAUUUUUGGUGGAAGCAAUUUAUAUAAAUAAACAAAAAUAAAUAAUUAAAUUCUAUAUACUUCUAUAGCUUUUUCCCUGUUUGGGAACCAGAUGAUCUUGAUAUGCGGAAAAGUACUGGCACUAGUUGUCAAAUAGAAAUCCAUUUUAUGAUUAAAACAACUGAAUAUCUCCUGUAAUAUACUUUAUUUCGAUUCCAUAUUUUUGUCAGAGCUAGAGUUCUCAUAACCAAACAUAAUUACAAAAUUUCAACUAGUUUCAUAAAGAAGAACGAAAUAUAUAAUUGACUGAAUACAUCAAAAUGGAUUUCUAUUCGGACAACCCUUUCUGAGCGCUGAUUGGCUAAAAUACGAACACGAGAUCACCUGGAAAGCAAACUAAUUUUUUUGGAAACACUUUUGGAAACAGGGCAGUACUUCCCGGCAAAUGCUUGCAGCAAAAUUUUCAAUUGAAACAACAAUGACAAUGUCAAUCACCGUUUACUAGUUUUCCCAAAUUUUUAUUUCGACUGAUUUUCAAUGUAGAUGCCCAACGAUUUGUUGGACGGCUACGAGAAGACAUCCGUAGUAUUGGUGCAACUCUUCCAAACUAUUCAAGCUCUUAAAUACAACAAUGUUGAGGUUUUCUCAAGCUUAUGUGUACUAAAACUGAAGCAAAUUGCUUGUUCACCAGUGUACUGCUCAGAAGAUGAGAAACAAAUAUUAAUAGAAAAUGACCAAGAAGAUUGCAACGAUUCUGUGAGGAAAUG